GGCAAGAGGCCAAGGACAGAGCAAAAGGAAAGGUGGAGAAUUCAAGAGGGAUCUUUUUUAACUUCUGCUUGAAUCUCACGAAGUGGGAGGGGAAACAAACUAAUUAGUAAUAUCAGGACAGGAGCCUUGCUCGCCUAUAUAAGCUGGCAGGGCAUUUUCUUUUUCCCGCACUCUCUUAGCCCUGCUUUCCCUCUGUCCCAGCCAGCAAAGCAACAGCUACCCCUGAACUCCUCGGAGAGGGUUAAAACACCAACAUGGAGAACAGCGAUGUCAAGAUAGAAACCAAGGGGGAAAGAAAGACAAUAAAGCAGAACACACUGAGCAAAUCUGGGAAGAGAGUCUGCAGAGCUGUCGGGUACAUCACUGGAAACAUGAAGGAAUUUGGAGCCUGGCUAAAAGAUAAACCUCUCAUGAUCCAGUUUAUUGACUGGGUGCUGCGUGGGAUAUCCCAGGUGAUGUUUAUCAACAAUCCCCUCAGUGGGCUUAUCAUAGUUGCUGGCUUCCUGGUGCAGAACCCAUGGAGGACACUCACAGGCUGUUUAGGAACAGUUGUCUCAACUUUAACGGCACUUAUUCUGGGUCAGGACAGAUCAGCCAUAGCAGCAGGCUUGCAUGGCUACAAUGGAGUCUUGGUGGGAUUACUCAUGGCAGUCUUCUCUGCUAAGGGAGACUACCACUGGUGGCUUCUACUGCCAGUAGCACUGGUGUCCAUGACGUGCCCUGUUUUCACCAGUGCUUUAGGCUCAGUCUUCUGUAAGUGGGAUCUGCCUGUUUUCACCUUGCCUUUCAACUUGGCCUUGACCCUCUACCUGGCUGCAUCAGGACCACAUAACCUCUUCUUCCCUGCAACUGUCAUCCAGCCUGCAACAGCAACACCAAACAUCACCUGGACAGACGCUGAAAUGCCAAUGCUCCUGCAAUCCAUUCCAGUCGGGGUGGGACAGGUUUAUGGCUGUGAUAACCCAUGGACAGGGGGAAUUUUCCUGAUUGCUUUAUUUGUCUCUUCUCCUCUCAUUUGUCUGCAUGCGGCAAUUGGAUCAGCAGUGGGGACGCUGGCAGCACUGAGCUUAGCAACACCUUUUAGCAAAGUCUACUCUGGUUUGUGGGGCUACAACAGCUCCCUCUCAUGUGCUGCAAUCGGAGGCAUGUUCUACGCUUUCACCUGGCAGACACAUUUGCUGGCAAUUGCCUGUGCAUUCUUCAGUGCCUACCUGGGAGCAACAGUGACUAACAUGCUGUCUGUGUUUGGGGUGCCAUCAGGAACCUGGUCUUUCUGCUUGUCUGCACUGACCUUCCUGUUACUAACCACAAACAACGCUGCCAUCUACAAGCUGCCACUCUCCAAAGUCACCUAUCCAGAAGCCAACCGAGCUUACUACCUGAGGGUGAAGAAACAUCAGAGGUCUUUCUUGUGAGGUCUAAAGACCCAGAGAGACACUUUGCAGAUAUUAAGGCAAGAGUGCAAGGUGUUUCCUCAGAAAACAUUAUUUAUGUAAUAUAAAGUCAAAAUAAAAAUAAAAAUA